AUGUCCCAAACAUCAUCAUACACAAGUGACAAUGCUAGAUAUGAAGCUUACCAAUUCUCAGACCCUUUUGCUACUGCCUCUUUUGUGUGUUGUAACAAGAAGUUGAACAAGGUGUGUCGUCCAAACUGUGACCAUUAUCCGAAAGUUACCUCAAAGGAAGAUGUGUCAUUUUUAUUUGAUGCCAACCAAGCUGCUUCAAUUGGAUUCGAACCUUGUGAACACUGUGAUCCUUGCAAUCCAAACUCUCAAUUAGAUUUGCCAUUGAUCAAGAUCACUAUAGAGUCUAUCAACUAUUCCAUUGGUUUCACAAAUGAUGCUAACGAAUUAAAGAGACGUGCCUUCAGUGUUCCAUCAAUAAAUACAAACAAUGGUCACUAUGACCGUCAAUUGACUAGAAAUGAAUCUGAACACAUCAAGUUGGUUGAAUUGGCUUGUCGUCAUAUUGCUGCUGCAGCUGCUCUUUCGAUUUCAAAACAAAGUGAAGAAUCUGCUCAAGGUGGUAAGAAGAAGAGAAGAGGUGGUGUUUUAGGUUUCAAAGAAUUGGCUUCAAAGUCAAAAUUAUCACCAUGGCAUUUCCAUCGUGUGUUCAAAUCUGUUACUGGUUUGACACCAAAGAGCUAUGGUGACCAAUGUUGGAAGUUUAUUAAAGAUCAU